CUUUAUACCUUUCUGCGGAGAGGGCUACAUUCUAGCAGGGAGAGCGCGGACUGAUACAUUCGAGCUAUGAGCACCAAGGGUUAGGUUUUUAUGUCUUUGCGGCAGCGCGAGCUAUGGCUGCUGCUGCUUGAUCGAGGAGGAGGACGAGCGAUUGUCCGCCACUACACCGCCAGGAGCUUCCCCAGCGGUAAGCCAGAGCGCGAGCACCUCACGCCCGAUUUCGUGCGUCGCGCUGAUCUGGUGACCUCGAUUGUGGAGACGAUCAAGGACGUGAGGCUCGACGGCAGCUCCUGGUCUGUCCAUAAUAUCCGCAAUGUGCUCGGCCCCGUCCACGGCCAGGUGCUUGGAUCCCACGUCGCAGCGGUGCUGCGAUCGCUCAAGGUCACUGGGACGGCUAUCAGUUUCUUCCGAUGGGCUGGAGAACAGGCCGGAUUCCAGCACGAUGUCUUCACUUACAAUUGCCUCAUGAAUCUCCUGGUGGCCGAGAAGAACUACUCGCAGUGCUACGCGAUCCACGAGGAGAUGCUCAAGGCCGGGAUCGCGCCCAACACUUUCUCCUUCAACAUCUUGAUCCGGAGCUUCGCCAGGACGCGCCGGGCCGACGACGCUGUGACGUGCUUCGAGAUCAUGAAGAGGAAGAGGUGUAAGCCCGACUUGCAUACGUUUCUGAUCCUUGUGGAUUGCCUGUGCAAGGCUGGGAUGGACGAGAAGGCUUUCGAGGUUUUUCACGAGAUGAUGGCAAUGGGAUUUGUUCCUCCGGAUCGGGCACUUCACACCGCGAUGGUGAGAACGCUGCUCAAAGCGAAAAGAGUGAAGGAAGCUCGAGAGGUUUUCGGACAGAUGGAGAAAUGUGGCUUCCCUCCCGACGCUAUUGCUUACAACACAAUGAUCGACGGGCUCGCCAAAGCUGGCCAUGCACAAGAAGCUCUCAAGGUUCUCGACAAUAUGCUCGCGAAAGCUUGCGUUCCAACAGAAGUCACGUAUGGGAUUCUAGUGAACAGUCUUUGCAAGGCAGGAACCUUGGAACGGGCCGAGGAGCUGUUCCGAGUGAUGGCAGCUAGUGGUUUUCGGCCGAAUUCAGUCAUCUACACGUCUCUCAUCCACGGAUUCGCAAAGUCGGGAAGAAUGAAAGAGGCUUGCUCUCUCUUUGACGAAAUGGUGGAGGCCGGGUACCGUCCAGACGUGAUCACCCACACGGUUAUGAUAGACGGGCUGUGCAAGUCGGGAAACUUUGAGCAAGCUGCAAAGAGCUUUGAGGAGAUGAUGCGAGGCGGGUGCAAGCCAAACGUGGUGACUUACACGACGAUCAUCCAGGGCCUCAGCAAGAUCGGGAGAGUGGCCAAUGCUUUCAGGAUUAUGAAAGGGAUGAUAGCUCAUGGAUGUUUUCCAGAUUCUGUGACGUACAUUUGCCUUCUCGAUGGCUUCUGCAAGCUCGGGAGGCUCGACGAGGCUGCCCAGCUCUUGGACGAGCUUGACAAAUGCUCCAGCUCUCCAAACUUACAGCUCUACUCGUCACUUGUAAAUGGACUGUGCGAUGGUGGCAGCGUUGAGAAGACACUCGACGAUCUAUUCGAGCAGAGCAAAGCCGCAGCAGAAACCUUGGAUCCCGGCCUGUGCUGCAGCAUCAUCGUCGGGUUGUGUAAGACCGGCCGGCUCGACGAAGCUUGCAGGAUUUUCCAGAGAAUGGUGUCGGAAGGAUGCAAGCCCGACGCAACGACUUACAACAUCCUGAUCAACGGGCUGUGCAGGAGCCGAGAGAACCGAGUGGAGCGGGCAUUCGCUUUGCUCCACGACCUCGAGAAGGUUGGCUACUUGCCAGACGCCGUGACUUACACCCCGCUUUGCAUCGGCCUGUGCAAGAUUGGCGAAGUUGACAGAGCUGUGAAGAUGCUCGAGGAGGCGUCUAGCCGGGGUUGGAACGCCGACGUAGUGGCUUACACUGCUCUAUGCACCGGCUUGUGCUAUCAAGGCCAAGUCGAUCGAGCAGUGAGCUUGUUCCAAGAGAUGGUCCGCCAGGGUGGUGCUCCGGACGCUGCUGCCUAUUGCUGCAUCAUCAACGGGCUGAUCAAGGUGAAGAAACUGGAAGACGCUUGCAAGUUCUUCGACGAGAUGAUCGGCAAAGGCCAGAAGCCGACGGUUGCUACGUACACGGCACUCGUCCAGGCGCUGUGCCAUGCCGGGAACGUCGACGAGGCGUUCCACAGGUUCGAGAGCAUGCUUGCUCGGGGCGAGCUUGUUGGAAGCGUCAUGAUCUACGACGCUCUCAUCCACGGCUUUUGCAAGGCGUUGAAAGUGGACGCGGCGCUUAAGCUGUUCGAGGACAUGAUCUCCAGAGGCAACGUUCCCACUGCCGUCACAUCCGCUUCGCUGUUUGAUGGCCUGGUGAGGUCCGGGAAGACUGAGAAGGCCCAGGAGCUUUUACAGGAGAUGGCUGCUGGCGGCUCUCCUCCUCAUGCUGCUACUUUCACAGCGAUCUUGGACGGACUUCGCAAGUCGGACGAGUCUGGCAAGCUGCUAAAGUUGGUCCAGGAAGAUGGAAGCAGCAGCAGCAAGCAAGAAGCUGGAAGCGCUGUUGAAAGUCCAGGCCCGAGGAAUGGUGACAGUCCAGAGAGGGAGGAACAGGAUGAACGAGCUGGUAGUCAUGAUGGAAGUCUCAUGCCGGAUCAAAGCUCUACAAGAGACUGUGACGACCUGGACGGCGACUUGAGAAAGGAACAGGACGAGCAAGCUGUGGGCGAUGAUGAAAAGCUCUUACAGAAUGAAAGCUCUGGCUUUCAUGAUGGGGACGACGAAAGCCAUCAAAGUUUUGGAAGAAAUGGUGGCGAAUCUCCUGGAAAAGAGAGUGAAAAAGCUGUCGAAAGCCUCUCGGUGGAUCGAAGUUUUAUGCCUGAUACAGAGGGGGAUCAAAGCGAGAACUCUCAAGCUCCAUGCCCCGAGACAAAGGAUGGAGAGGAGGAACUCUUACGUUCUACUGAUGACGAUGAAAAACACACAGGCUCUUCACUCCACUCUAAGUUGUCAAGGCCGAAACGUCGGUGGCUUCCUUUUGGUGUAUGAGAGAUCUUGGAAACCAUCAACUCGGAUCCUGAUAGCUCCAUCAUCUCAAACCUGUGAGAGCUCGUUCGAUUGCUCUUUCGCUCGCUCGCUCGGCCCUUGAAACGAUUGCUCGUCAAACUUUGUACAUCUCCUCGAUGCUCCUCUUCAUCUUCUUGGUGCCCCGAGGCUUCUCGAUCGGCUUGUUCAUCCCGGCCAUCUUGUUGUUGUACUGCGCACGAAACUUGUCAUUGGAGCUCCACCUGAAAGGCCGGAAAAACUUCGAUUAGAACGAA